AUGAAGCCCGACCCGUCUGAUGUUGAUCUCCAAUCGCUGAGCAAGCCCAAGUUGGAUUCAGACAAAGAGUCCGUCCUACCAAAGCCAGAUUUGGAGGAACAGGACCCUUUUGGAGAUGAAAGCCAAGCUGGCGUGAAGUACAAGACAAUGGCGUGGUGGCAAGCCGGCAUGAUCAUGAUCGCAGAAACCAUCUCGCUUGGUAUUCUCGCGCUGCCCAAAGCGCUUGCGGUACUAGGUCUUAUUCCUGGUGUCCUGACCAUCCUUGGGGUUGGGAUAAUCUCGACGUAUACUGCAUAUACUAUCGGGCAAUUCAAAUGCCGCCAUGUCCAAGUACACAGCAUGGCUGAUGCUGGUGAUCUUCUGAUGGGAAGGAUCGGACGGAGUACACUGGACGUGGCCCAGCUCAUCUUUUUUGUGUUGGUGAUGGGAAGCCAUGUCCUCACUUUUUCGAUCAUGAUGAAUGUCCUCACUGAACAUUCCUCUUGCACCAUCAUCUUUUCGGUUGUCGGUUUACUCGCCUCGUUCAUGCUGACCCUUCCCCGGCGACUCGAGAGGCUUUCUCACAUCUCCUACGUGAGCUUUGUGAGUAUCGUCGGAGCAGUUCUCACUGGUAUGAUUGGGGUCACCCUUGUCAAACAAGGACCAGUGCAUGUCCCAGCCUUUUCGCCUUCGCCCAAAGUACAUGAUGCGUGCCUUGCUAUUGCCAAUAUCAUCUUUGCGUACGCAGGACAUGUUGCAUUCUUUACCCUUUUCUCUGAGCUCAAGGAGCUUCAGGACUUCCCGAAAGCUCUGGCGCUUCUGCAGAUGAGUGAAAUGGUCUUGUAUACGGUGGCUGCUAUUGUGAUAUAUGCCUAUGUUGGACCAACUGUCAAUUCACCUGCUCUCAAUUCUGCAGGGCAAUUGUUUCGCAAGAUUUCUUACGCAAUCGCAAUGCCCACGAUUGUGAUCGGGGGUGUGGUGAACGCCCAUGUUGCUGUCAAGUUCAUUUACGUCCGUGUCUUCCGGGGAACCAAUUCGAUGCAUAGCCAGUCAUUCAUGGCGCGGUUGGUGUGGGCUGCGAUAUGUGCGACGCUUUGGAUCUUAUCGUGGGUCAUCGCCGAGGGAAUACCGGUUUUUAACGAUGCACUAGGGCUUGCGAAUGAAUACUAA